AGCAGCAACAACAACAACAUCAACAACAGCAGCAGUUUUAGUACCAGCAGCGUAGCAACAGCAGGCGCCAAUUAUUUGGCGCUUGUCAACAAGUGCAUCGUGUCGCCUGCACUGGGCAGGCAAUCUUUGCGCGCAGCUGGCGGCUGUGAGUUUUCGUUUUGGUGCUGGCUUUUCCUUUUGCCAUGGUAAGCCACAAUGCGAAAAUUGUGAAAACGGCAAAUGGCACGAACGCAUCUACAAUUGUAACUGGGGGCAGUAAUGCCGACACGCAGCCGAUCAACACAACGACAAAGCCGACGACGAUGAUGAUGGCGACCACAUUGUCGGCAUCGCUAGCCGACUUGAGCGACCAGGAGAACGGCACAACGGCUGAGGAUAUACAUCUGAACGAUUUAUAUACACGCUACCGGCAGAGGCUGCGCAAGUCGCUCUUUAGAUCGGGGCUGCUCACAUCGCUGGUGGCAUGUGUCGUGUCCAUAAUAAUUGGCGUCGUUUACGAGCAGCACCUGUUGCAGACACUGCUGCUGGCAUUGGCAGCCCUAAUCUCCGGCUCGAUACUGACGGGGCUCCAGUUUCCGGCUGUGCUCAGCUCACCAGCGGCAGCCCUGGCCUUUGCCAUUGUCACCACCUUCUCCCUGGGCACCAUUGCGGCCAUUACAGGCAGCGAGCUGGCUCCACUGCCCAUGUAUGCAUUGUUUCUGGGCAUCCACACAAUGCUGCCCAUUUCCUGGCCGGUCUCUGUGGUGCUGGCGCUAUUUAUGACUGCCAUACACAUUGUUUAUAGAAUCGGCUCUAGUCCGGACUACGCACCCAAUCUGCCAAUGCUGUUUGGUGAGAUUGUGAUGCUGGCCAGCGCAUCCGUUUCCGGUCUGUACUAUCGCAUUAUGUCGGAUGCGGCACACAACCGCACCGUGGAUGGCACACGCACUGGCAUCGAGCAGCGCGUCAAGCUUGAGUGCGAACGUGAGCAGCAGGAGCAGCUGCUUCUAAGCGUUAUACCCGCUUACAUAGCUGCCGAGGUCAAGCGUAGCAUUAUGCUGAAGAUGGCGGACGCUUGCCAGCGAGCUGGUGGCCAGGCCUCCACAUCGGCCACACGUUUUCAUGAGUUGCACGUGCAGCGGCACAUAAAUGUCACAAUACUUUUUGCAGACAUUGUCAACUUUACGCCGCUGUCCUCCUCACUGACUGCCAGCGAUUUGGUGAAGACACUGAACGAUCUCUUUGGCCGCUUCGAUCAAAUCGCCCAGGAGAAUCAAUGUUUGCGCAUUAAAAUUCUGGGUGAUUGCUAUUAUUGCGUGUCCGGGCUGCCCAUCUCGAGGCCGCAGCAUGCCAGCAAUUGCGUUAACAUGGGCCUGCAAAUGAUCGAUGCCAUCAGACACGUGCGUGAGGCGACCGGCAUAAAUGUUGACAUGCGAAUUGGCAUACACACGGGCAACGUGCUCUGCGGCGUCCUUGGCCUACGCAAGUGGCAAUUUGAUGUUUGGAGCGAUGAUGUUACCCUAGCCAACCACAUGGAAAGCGGCGGCGUUGCGGGCCGCGUGCAUAUCACAAAGCAAACUUUGGACUUUCUGGGCGACAAGUUUGAAGUGGAGCAGGGCGAAGGCGGCGGUCGUGAUGCUUAUCUGGCCGACCAUAAAAUCGAAACGUAUCUCAUUGUGCCGCCCAGGCCCGCAUAUAUGCAUAGUGUGCCUCGGGUUGUGGAGUGCAUAGAGCAUACGGAGCCUGAGGAUGAGCAUGCAGCGCCAGCUAAGGAGGAUAAUGAUGUCACCGAGAAGCUGCUGCCUGCGGAGUCACGUUCUCCUGUUCCUGUUCCUGUCUCUGUUGUCGGGGAUGCGGGCGAGAGGAUCUCACCCACCUCCGUGCACAGCCAGGAUGUGACAGUGCCUGUGCCUCUUGCCUCCGCCGCCUCGAUGUCCAUCAAGGAAAUGUCCGAGGAGGAGGAUGAUAUCGCUAUCACCGAACCGCUGGUGGGCAAGCAGCCGGAGCAAGAAGCCAACAGUGAUGCUCCGUUACCAAAUGGAGAUCAUCGCGGCAGCGGUGAUUCUGCCGCAUCGGAGUCGGCACCAAAAUCUGCAGCACUGUCUCUUCCCACCGAGGAUCUGCUUAGCAUGAGUGGCAGCGAGAGUGGCAUCUCAAACAGCUGCACCCAGGCAGCUGCUGCAGCAGCUAAUGCGGCCAUAGCCACGUCCACAACAACAACAGCAGCCGCAGGCAUCGCUGCCGCCAACAGUUUAGCGGUGGCCGAUGCACCUGAACGCUCCCGACGCAAGCUAUCCGUUCAGGGUCUGAUGUCCUUUGCCGACAGACGCCGCUCUUCAGGCGCCUUCAUCGAGGGACGCAAAUUGUCCAUCCACAGCGGCGAAAGUUUUCGCAGUCAUACGGGUCAUGUCACACGCAAUCGCCCCUCGUCAAAGAUGACCAAAUAUGUGGAAUGCUGGGGUGCCGAUAAGCCCUUUGCCAAUAUAGCUGAAUCGAAGCUCGUGAAAAACAUUGGACUGGCGAGCAUUGCCAUGAUUGAAUCAAAUUUGCUGCCACCGGAGCGUAAAUGUUUCAAUUUUAACUUCUUGGGGCCGCCCACAGAGCUGAAGCCGAUAACCAUGUGGUAUCGCAACACACCCCGGGAGGCAAUGUACAGGGCACAGCCGGACACCCACUUCCGGUACGACCUGAUUUGCGCCUUCGUGCUCUUCCUCUCGCUGGCCGUGGUGCAGCUGAUUGUAAUCGAAUUGAACCUGGCAUUGCUUGGCUCGCUGCUGGCCAGCUUCGUGUCCCUAGCCCUGUUUCUCUACUUGAGCAAUAUGUCCGUGCCAGAUAUGCAUGCCUCGAACACUGAGCGCAAUGGUCCCGGCCAGGUGGUGGCAAGUAGUCGGUAUCUACGCCUGGCCAUGUUCAUUAUCGUCAACAUACUCAUCUCAUCCUGUGCCGUUUUCAGCGUGAUUAACUACUCGCUGCCCGAUGAGAUUCCAUUUGUGGCCAAUAACAGCACAAAUACCACGGAUGUCUUCAGCAACAGCACUUUCCUGGAGGAACCAUUAGACAUUGCAUAUGCCAUACCCAAAGCACCAAUUUUCCUCUUUUGCUGUGCCGUCAGCUUGGCGGCCAUAUCGGCAUUCCUGCGAUCUGGAUUCAUACUCAAACUGAUUGCCAUGGUGGUCACUCUAAUCGGACAGAUGAUUGUUCUCGGCUAUAGCGAUCUCUAUGUGCAAUACAAUCUACUCAACUAUGAUAAUGGAUUACGCCUAGAAGUGAAGGGCUUUCUGCUGUUGUUGCUCGUGAUUGCCGUGUUGCAUAUACUGGACCGUCAAGGUGAAUAUGUGGCACGCACUGAUUUCCUCUGGAAGGCAAAGCUGAAGGUUGAGCAGGAGGAGGUCGAAACAAUGCGAGGCAUUAAUAAGAUUCUGCUGGAGAAUAUUCUGCCGGCUCACGUGGCCACACAUUUUCUACACCUGGAACGCUCUACGGAGCUGUACCACGAGAGCUACUCCUGUGUGGCGGUCAUGUUUGCUUCCAUACCCAACUACAAGGAGUUCUACGAUGAGACGGACGUUAAUAAACAAGGCCUGGAAUGCCUGCGUCUCUUGAACGAGAUCAUUUGUGAUUUCGAUAAGUUACUUCUGAAACCGAAAUUCAGUGGCAUCGAAAAGAUUAAAACCAUAGCCAGCACCUACAUGUGUGCAUCUGGGCUAAGGCCCGGCAAGGAGGAUGGCGCAACGUCGCGUAGCUUUGCGGAUGAGAAACGCACCGAGGAGCACAAUGUGGUCAUUUUGGUUGAGUUUGCAAUUGCUUUGAUGUCCAUAUUGGACUCGAUUAAUCGCGAGUCGUUUCAACGCUUCCGCUUGCGCAUUGGACUGAAUCAUGGACCGGUAAUUGCGGGCGUGAUUGGUGCCCAGAAGCCGCAAUAUGAUAUUUGGAGUAAUACCGUCAAUGUGGCAUCCCGCAUGGACUCCUGUGGCGUUAUGGGUCGACUUCAGACAACGGAAAAUACAGCUAAGAUAUUAAUGGGCGCCGGAUACGAGUGCGAGUGCCGGGGUCUAACCUAUGUCAAGGGCAAAGGCAAUCUAGUCACCUACUUUGUAAAGACACCAUUCGAUGGGAAAUUGUAAAUGGAUGCGACCAGUAAAAAACGCAAUUUGUUGUUAAUUAUAAUGCUAUUUAUGUAUAGACUAUUUUAUGUUAAGGCAUGUUGUUAUUUAUUUUUGGAUUAUUUCAUUUUAGACAUUUAAAGAAUUUUAAGCAUUUAAUUUGCGUUGCACGUUAGCCAUUACUUUAAGUAUCUGUUUUAGUUAGUCUUUAGUUGUUAUGUAGCACAAUUUGUUGACAAUUUUAUGCGUAGCUCACAUAAACAGCGAAUAAUUAAUAUAUAAAAUAUUAUGCGUAUUCGUAUCUAGUAUAAACAUACAAAAUUGUGGAAAAUUAAUUAAAAACAAAAAUGAAGCAAAUUAGCCCACCCCUAAUGAAGUAAUCAAUAAUAUAUCUAAUAUAAUAGUAAUAUAUAGAAAGCAACCAUAUUUAUUGUGUGCUCCAAUAGAUUGUGAUUAUUUGCUAAUAUAUUACUUAGUCAAGUAAUAUAUCGGAACUUCAAGAUGACUAUGUCGUACUCUAUUGGAGCAAUGUUUUAAUUAGCAUAACGUUAACCAAACUAUGUGCCAUCAAAUUUCUAAUACAACGGUUAAUCUAAUUUCAACGACCUCUAGCUAAAUUCUGUACCCACGAAAUUGUAUAUAUUUUUGUACAAUCAUUUUUAUAUUGUGACACACUUUCUAACUAUAUGUAACACCUUGCUAGACAGCCAUUAGAAACAAACUUCUUAGAAGUUAUUAUACGAAAUAAAACCAACAGUGGAAUUUUGCAGGGUGUUCUGCAAGGAAUCCUAACUGAACAUAUCCCAUCUAAUACGCUAUACCUCCGAGAAAACAACAAUAAAAUUUAACUUUCUAAACGUACUCUAUGCAUAUCUUUGUAUUUGCCAAAACAAAUAACAAUUUAACCACAAUGUAAUCGAAAUAUUUACGAAUGUAUUAAAUAUAUUCAUUUUGAGUUGAAAAUAUUAUAUACGAAAAUUAACAUUUUUAGGCAUAUUAUAGUUGCACAUACAUACGAUAUAGCUUGCUGUGCUUUUUAUAUGUAAUUAAAUUAUUAAAAUAGGUACAUUAACCAAUUUGUUUGGCUAUUAGAAAAGAUUUGCUUAUAGUUACUCAAUAAUUUUAUCAAAUACUAUUUAUUAAAUAAUAUACAAUCAAAGA